AUGUCUGCAGCAAAGCCAAUACUUCUUAUUUUAGGCAGUGGCGCCAACAUCGGGCAGGGUGUCGCUCGCGCAUUCUCUGCCAAAGGGUACAGGGUCGCUGCAACGUCACGUUCUGAAAAGCCGAAACAAGAACAAGUACCGGCAUAUGCAAUCGACCUGCACAUCACAAGCGAUCUUGUGGAUGCCGGCUCUAUCCUGGGAGUCUUUGAGAAGGUCCGCCAGGCUCUGGGGCAGGCGCCUAGCGUGGUAGUCUACAAUGCGGCGGCAUUGACUUUUACCCCACCCGAUGACCCCUUGGCUUUGUCCGUCGAGGAUCUCAAUCGUGACUUCCAGAUCAAUACCGCCAGUGUCCUCGAGGCAGCCAAGCAAGCGGUCGCUGGGUUCAGCAGCUUGCCCUCCGCUGCGGCCAAAACGUUCAUUUACACAGGCAACAGGCUCACCGAUGGUCCCCUGCCCGGAUUCGUUGAUUUAGGCAUUGGGAAGAGUGGCUCCGCACAUUUGAUUGCUGCCGCUAGUGAAGCCUACGCGCCCAAGGGAUUCAGAUUUUAUUUUGCUGAUCAACGUGCUGCCGACGGCGGCAAGCCAAACCUUGAUGGGGCAGCGCAUGGCGAGUUCUACUUGGAGCUCGCGGAGGGCAAAACAAAUGUGCCAUGGCUAGCCACAUUCGCCGCUAGUUUAGGCUAUAGGAACUUUCGCAAUUAG